AGUCCCUGAAUAUAAAUAUCAGUUUUGUUGUGUAUUAAUUUGUAUUUCUAGCUGAAUUUCCACCAUGAAGCUUCUCUUGGUGUGUUUUCUACUGGGGGCAGCUGUUGCCUUUGAUGAUGACAAGAUCGUAGGAGGCUACACCUGCGCCAAGAACUCUGUCCCCUACAUCGUCUCUCUAAACGCUGGCUACCAUUUCUGUGGGGGGUCUCUGAUCAAUAGCCAGUGGGUCGUUUCUGCCGCUCACUGCUCUAUGAAUAAAAUUGAGGUGCGACUGGGAGAACAUGACAUCAAAGUGACUGAGGGGACAGAACAGUUCAUUACGGCGGCAAAGGUCAUCAAGAACAAGGGUUACAGUCCUAAGACCUUGGACAACGACAUCAUGUUGAUCAAACUCUCCACCCCCGCUAUUCUCAAUAACUUCGUCAACCCCAUUCCACUACCAAAAGGCUGCGUAGGCCCCCGUGCUGACUGCCUCAUCUCUGGCUGGGGGAACACGCUCAGCAGUGGAACAAACUACCCUAAUCUCCUCCAGUGUGUAAUUGCCCCUGUACUGACGGAUGAUGAGUGCAACAAAGCUUACCCGGGGGAGAUUACCCAAAACAUGAUCUGUGUUGGUUUCCUUGAAGGAGGAAAAGACUCCUGCCAGGGUGACUCUGGUGGCCCCGUGGUGUGUAAUGGGGAGCUGCAGGGCAUUGUUUCCUGGGGUUAUGGUUGUGCCCAAAAGAAUUACCCCGGAGUCUACACCAAAGUGUGCAACUACAACGCUUGGAUUGAGAGCACAAUAGCAGCAAACUGAGAUGUAUCUACAGCAUAUCAAAGUGGUGGGUGGGAAAUGUUCUGUGUUUGAAAAGGAACCACUUAUUCCAUUGGCUGCUUUGGAAAAUAUACAAUAAUUACAGUGAAAAUGAAAUUCUGAA